AUGAAUCCAAGCACCUCACAAGAGAAGGUCGUCGGGGCCAAGACACUAGAAUCUCAAGUCCACAAGACGUCUGAGGAAAGCCAGAAACGUCCAGCAAGUCCUUCAAACUCGGAGCAAUAUCCACGUGCCGCAAAGAAGCCCAAGCAGUCACGUGCCAUGUCUCCAGAACCCGCAGAAUACAUCGUCUCCUCAUCAAGGGCAAGCACCGCCACCACCGUCACCAUUGGACGUAUCUGGCACGAUAGCACGCAAGGGUCUCUGCCAUAUCGUGAGCGGACGGAUAACCCUCACCAGUCAGGGUCCAGCAGGGAUAGCUUCGAUCAAGCACCCAAAGCCACUUUCGUGACGACUCAAGAGGAAGAGGGGGAUCAUCCACAUAACGUGGUAUGGAAUGGAGACUUCGCAGACGGGGUCGAACAUGUAAUCAACCAACACUGGGAUCUUGCUCAUGUUGGAAGCUUUGUGGACGACGAAGCAACCACCGAGGGUCUUCGUGAGACUCCAGACGAUGUGCCAGACACUGUGGGGGCCAGCUGA